GGCCCACGUAGCUGAGAUGGAAUCACUGAAUAUAGAAUUUUCAUCGUCCGAAGUACAAAAGAAUUCAUUCCUAUAUAUAAAAGAUGGGGAUAGCUUCAGUUCCAUGUUCUUUCUUGUCUAGCAGAUGAAAGGGAGUUUCUUCGGAUAAAAUUGUUAAGUUUCUGAAACAAGGGUGUCUUCAAUUCUUAAUUUGGUUUUUCUCUUUCAUUCUCUCUCUCUCACAAACACACACAAACUUGUAUCCAGUUUCUUCUAUUCUUUUUUCUUGCACUUUUCUUGAAUGAUUACAUUGUAAUUAAGGAUGGAAGGAGAAGGAAAGGUGUGUGCAGAAAAUGAGCAUCAAGGGAGGUUCAAAAGAAUAUGUGUUUUCUGUGGUAGUAGAGCUGGAUACAAAUCUGCAUUCAGUGAUGCAGCUCUUGAGCUUGGUAAAUUGAUGGUUGAGAGGAGAGUUGAUUUGGUUUAUGGAGGUGGAAGCUUAGGACUAAUGGGUUUGAUCUCUCAGACUGUGCUAAAUGGAGGUUGCCAUGUGCUUGGAGUGAUUCCAGAAGCUCUAUUGCCUCGUGAGGUAUCUGGAGAGACCUUCGGAGAGAUCAAAACAGUUGCAGAUAUGCAUGAAAGGAAGUCAAUCAUGUAUGAACAUGCUGAUGCAUUCAUAGCACUUCCUGGAGGCUAUGGAACCAUGGAAGAGCUGCUAGAAGUGAUAGCCUGGUCUCAACUAGGAAUACAUGACAAACCAGUGGGAUUGUUUAAUGUAGAUGGGUAUUUCAAUAGCUUGUUGAGCCUAUUUGAUAAGGGAGUGGAAGAGGGUUUUAUAGAAAACUCUGCAAGGCAUAUUGUGGUCAUAGCAGACACAGCAGUAGAACUCUUAAAGAAAAUGGAGGAAUAUGUUCCAGUCCAUGGCAUGGUUGCACCAAAAUAAAGUUGGGAAGUGGACCAAUUAUUAGAGCCUACUCAAAGUGGGGAACCCCUAGGAUCUUAAAUCUCGAUCAUCCAUCAUUGUACGUAAAAAAUAAAAUACUAUACAUAAUUCAGUUUAUUCCAUUUUGCUUAGAAGAAAAUGACAGAAAAGUGCUAUGUCUCUUUCUCUGCUGUGGAAGCCUCAAGAUCCCACAUCUCAACUACCUUUUGUUAAGCAUCAAACAUGAAUGUUUCUCAUUAUGAUCAAUUUUGAAUCAUACUAAAGGUCAUGAACCUUA